ACCAGAUUCACCAUAAAUAGUUAGAUAAACAGGGCCUCCCCGAUCCCUUUACUGAAUUCUCACACAAAGUAGGUUCAAACGAAGUUAUGGGUAUGGGACGUCUUAGCAGGAGUAUCUUGUUGUCUGUCCUUUGUUGCCUUUGUUUAAACUUAGGCGUUGUUGCUGUAGACACCAUCAGAUCUUCUCAAUUCAUCAAAGACAAAGACUCUUGACUACAUGAUCUCCAAUGGAAGUGUUUUCAAACUGGGAUUCUUCAGCCCAGUGAAUUCUACCAACCGCUACCUAGGGAUAUGGUAUAACAACAUUUCUGCAUUCACAGUCGUAUGGGUAGCGAACAGACAGAAACCCCUCAACGAUUCUUCUGGACUUCUUACUAUAUCUGAGGACGGCAACCUUGUAGUAUUAAACGGACAAAAGGAGAUUCUUUGGUCAUCGAAUGUUAACAACUCUGUUACCAAUUCAAGCGCCCAGCUUUUAGAUUUGGGGAACCUUGUCUUAAAAGAAAACACUAUAGGGACAACCUUAUGGGAGAGUUUCAAAAAUCCUUCUGAUACAGGCUUACCCGAGAUGAAAUAUAGUACUAAUGAAAGAACAGGUGAGAAAGUGCAGUUGACAUCAUGGAAAAGCCCUUCUGAUCCAUCCAUUGGAAGCUUCUCUGCUGGAAUUUCUCGUCAAAGUCUUACUCAGGGAUUCAUUUGGAAAGAUGGUAGACCAUAUUUCCGCUUUGGUCCAUGGAAUGGUCAGGAGUUUAUUGGAAUACCAACAGUUCCUAUAUUUCAUGACAAAUUUAGUGUCAUACAAAUCCCAGAUGGAACUACAUAUUUAACUUCAUCUUCAUACGUUGUCCUGACUACCCAAGGAAAUACAGAGGUAAGAAUUUGGGAUAGUGAGAAGGAGGAUUGGGAGGUUGUGUGGAAAGCUAUGCUCAGUGUGUGUGAUAUUUAUGGCACGUGUGGUGCAUUUGGAAGCUGUAAUUCAAUGAGUUCCCCAAUUUGCAGUUGUUUAGAGGGGUUUGAGCCAAAGAACACAGAAGAAUGGAAUAGACAAAAUUGGACUAGUGGAUGUGCAAGGAGGACACCGUUGCAGUGUGGGAGCGUGAACACCAGUGGUGAAGCUGGCAAAAUGGAUGGGUUUUUGAAACUGAACAUGAUGAAGGUGCCAGACUUUGUAGAAUGGUCAGAAGCUCAGGAAGAUGAUUGCAGGCAGCAGUGUUUGCAGAAUUGUUCUUGUAUAGCUUAUGCAUUUGAUUUAGGUGCAAGUUGUAUGACAUGGACUCGAACCUUAAUUGAUACACAGAAAUUCUCUAACAGUAGCGGAAUUGAUCUUUAUAUUCGUGUAGCCCAUUCGGAAUUUGAUACAAAUGGAGAUGUGAGGAAAAUUGUCACUAUUACAGUUAUCAUAGGAACAAUUUUUAUUUCAAUCUUCACGUACUUAUUGUGGAGGUGGAUUGCUAAACGCAAAGCAAGGAGAAAGAAAGAGAAGGAGAUGUUAAUGUUCAAUAGAGAAGCACAUAAAAAAUUUCCAAGUGAAGACAUGCUUGGAGACAAUCUGAACCAAUUGAAAGUCCAGAAACUACCACUAUUUGAUUUUGUGAAGCUAGCGAGUGCAACAAACAACUUCCAUGAAUCUAACAAGCUUGGGCAAGGUGGAUUUGGUCCCGUAUACAGAGGAAAAUUGUCAGAUGUGCAAGAAAUUGCAAUAAAAAGACUUUCCAAAACUUCUGGACAAGGGUUGGAAGAGUUUAUGAAUGAGGUGGUAAUAAUUUCUAAGCUCCAACAUCGGAAUCUUGUUAGGCUCCUUGGUUGUUGUGUUGAAGGAGAAGAGAAGAUGUUAAUUUAUGAAUACAUGCCGAACAAAAGUUUGGAUGCAUUUCUCUUUGGUUAGUUAAUUUUGAUAUCAUAUCUUAUUACAAAAAUAUUUUACAUUAUUUAAAAAAAAAAAAUU